CUCAAGUGCUGACAGAUCAAGGCUACAAAUUUCAAUUACAAGCUCUAAUUUGUGUCCUGCGCGCGUUUGUUACCCGUGUCAGUCUUUCCUGGCCCGCCAGACGAGUCAGAGCUUGGAGCAAGAGGGGGGGGGGAGAGUAAGGCAAAGAAGCUUUAGAAAGUCUCUCACCAUAAGAGGGGUAGUCUGAUGCAGAGAAGACCUAUGUGAUCACUGCAUGGAUGGUAAUCAGCGCGCCUCUGUAUAUAGAAAACGUUAUGCGAUAACCCUGUAUACUGCUGCAUGAGCUAGAGUCCCGCAUACAGAGUGUGUGAGACAGUGUGCGGUGUAUGACACAGCACAGAUGGCAGAGAAGAGGAGAUCCCCCUGCACCAUGAGUCUGAAGGCUCACGCCUUCUCAGUGGAAGCCUUGAUCGGUGCAGAGAAGCAGCAGAAGAAGAAGCGGAGGAAGCUGGAGGAUGGCAGCGAGGACAAGGCUGGGGCGGAGGGCUCUGAGCUCCCCUGUGUACAGCAGCAGCAGCAGCCUAGCCCAGAGCUGGAGCACUCUGUGUGCAGCAUCAUCACUUCUGCUACCCCUGAAGAUAUAUACUCUGGAGUGAAGUCUGCGCCUGGCACCUGUUCCUCUCCCCUUUCCCCCACUGUGGUAUCCUCUCCAGUGGGUGCUCCUCUAGUGGCCCGCGUAGAUCUGCAGGGAGCAGAGUUGUGGAAGCGCUUCCAUGAGAUUGGCACCGAGAUGAUCAUCACCAAGGCCGGGAGGCGAAUGUUUCCAGCAAUGAGAGUAAAGAUAUCUGGUCUAGAUCCUCACCAGCAGUAUUAUAUUGCUAUGGAUAUAGUGCCAGUGGACAACAAAAGAUACCGCUAUGUGUACCAUAGUUCUAAAUGGAUGGUUGCAGGCAAUGCAGACUCCCCUGUGCCCCCUCGUGUUUAUAUUCACCCAGACUCUCCUGCUUCAGGCGAGACCUGGAUGAGACAGGUCGUAAGUUUCGACAAAUUAAAACUUACCAACAACGAGCUUGAUGAUCAAGGACAUAUUAUACUUCAUUCGAUGCACAAAUACCAGCCCCGUGUCCAUGUCAUUCGCAAAGAUUGUGGAAAUGAACUUUCAACAGUUAAACCCAUUCCUGCUGGAGAAGGAGAUAAAGCGUUUUCAUUUUCAGAAACAAUAUUUACCACAGUGACAGCAUAUCAGAAUCAACAGAUUACACGAUUAAAGAUUGAUAGAAAUCCAUUUGCAAAAGGUUUUAGGGAUUCAGGCCGAAACAGAAUGGGCCUUGAAGCUCUUGUGGAGUCCUACGCUUUUUGGAGGCCUUCCCUUAGGACACUAACAUUUGAGGACAUACCUGGUAUGCCAAAACAAGGAAGCCCUGGAGCUUCUUCUCUGCUGGCAGGUUCUGGGACUUCUGGAAGCCACCCUCACCUUCUUCCUGGUUCCCCCUGCACUUCUCCUGCUUUUCAUCUUGGUGCAAACACUAGUCAGCUUUGCAGCCUUGGACCAGCAGAUUAUUCAGCAUGUGGUCGAUCGAGCCUUGCACUGAACAGGUACAGCACUUCACUUGCUGAGACUUAUAACAGACUCACAAAUGCCACUAGUGAGAACUUUGCAACACCAAGGACCCAUUCUUAUGUUGGUAUGACAAGUAGUGCUGCAGUGAAUAUGUCCAUUGCUGGUAAUGAGAGUGAUACCUUUGGAUGCCCCCCAACAAGCUUGUCUAUGCAAAUUUCAGGAAUGUCUCCUCAGCUUCAGUAUAUCAUGCCAACACCAGCAAGCAAUGCAUUUAGCAACAGCCAACCACACCAGAGUUCCUACAAUGCAUUUCGUCUACAUAGUCCCUGUGCUUUGUAUGGAUACAACUUUUCGACAUCCCCCAAACUGGCUUCUAGUCCUGAAAAACUUCUUUCCUCUCAAGGAAGCUUUUUGGGUUCUUCUCCAAGUGGUACCAUGACUGAUCGUCAGAUACACCCAUCUAUGGAAAGUGUACACCUCCUUAAUGGUGCAGGGCAACAAAACUUCUUUGACUCUAGAAGCCUGGGAGGCUUAGCCUUAACAUCCUCUCAAGUAUCAGCACAUAUGGUUUGAUUGAUUGCAUCAUGUAAAGCUAUCUUCACUUUUAUUAUCCUUUGUAAAUAUGUACAUAUAUUAGAAAAUAACAAUGCACUAAGUUACUUCAUUUGACUAUUUUUAUUUUUUGUUUUUGUUUUUACAAAGAAGCUAUUUUUAAAGUUUUGU